UGACCCCCGUGAUAGCUGCGCGCGGUUGACUUCGCCGAGGGUUCAAGCGGCACUCCACUUAUUGUGUCUUUAGUGAAAUUUCGCCUUCGUUGUUUCUGUUUUUGUUGUUUUCUUCCGCUUCCUAAGAACGUUUGCGACGAUCCGCGAGACAUGUCGUCCAAGGCAGCCGAGCACGAGGCUUUCUCAAACCCCCUGGCUCCUGAUGGCAUUGAUGUGGACGACAUUGACGAUUUCAAUGCGUCUCGACUCACCAAUGAUGACUUUCGACGACUCCUCAUGACCCCGCGGACUGCGCCGUCCUCGGCGCCCCCCACCGCACGGGCACGCACACAUGAGAUGCCCCGUGAGUACAACGAGGAUGAAGAUCCAGCUGCUCGUAGGAGGAAGAAAAAAAGUUACUAUGCGAAGCUCAAACUGCAGGAGCAGGAGCGUGAGCGGGAGCUUGCGGAGAAAUACCGGGACCGCGCGCGCGAGCGCCGCGACGGCCUCAACAAGGACUACGAGGAGACCGACACCAUUUCCACAACAGCCAACUACCGCGCUGUGGGACCCAGCGCCGAGGCAGAUAAGUCCGCGGCCGAGAAGCGUCGGCAACUCAUCCAGGAGUCCAAGUUCUUGGGAGGUGACAUGGAGCACACCCACUUGGUGAAGGGGCUCGACUUCGCUCUGCUGCAGAAGGUGCGUGCCGAGAUUACAAGCAAGGAAAGAGAUGACGAGGAUGCCUUGGAGAAGAUUCCAGAGAGGAAAAGGCAGGAGGAAGACCCCGAAAAUAAGAUUGAAUUUCGGACUCGCCUGGGACGGAACGUGUUCCGCGUCCUGUUCCGGCACAAGCCGCCCGAGAGGAACGAGCUGUUCCUGCCUGGGCGCAUGGCGUACGUAGUGGACCUGGAGGAUGACUACGCUGACACGGACAUCCCCACCACUCUCAUCCGCAGCAAGGCCGACUGUCCCACGCUGGAGUCUCACACGACCCUGACCACCAACGACAUCGUCAUCAACAAACUCACGCAGAUCCUGUCCUACCUGCGUCAAGGCACAAGGCCCCGCAAGCUCAAGAAGAAGGAGAGAGGCAAGGUGGUCGUGGAUGAGAAGAAGCUGCCUGAGGCCGACUUGACGAUCUUUGAUGAUGUUGGAGAGUACGUGACCACAGCCGCCAAGCCUGGAGGGAGGGAGCGUGAGCGGGAGCGAGAGAAGGAGAGGGAGAGAGAGCGGGAGAAGAAGGAGAGGGAGAUCGAGAAUGAACGGAAAGCCGUGGCACGUGCAAGCUACUUUGAGAAGCCAUCGCAGGAUGAGGAGCCUUCAACUUCUGAAAAAGUGAUUCUCCCGGCCAAAGAGCUGAUCCAGUCGAUAAAUGAAAAGUUUGCAGGCUCCACCUGGGCACCAGCUGCGGGCACCGAGCCUACAGCGCCCGACAAGCGACACGAUUCCGGGCGCACGGGAGGCGACUUCCUGGGCACCUCGAACAGCUACGCCGAGUGCUACCCCAACUCGUUGAUGGAGGAUGUUGGGGUGGACAGCGAUGAUGAGGUCGACUACAGCAAGAUGGACCAGGGAAACAAGAAGGGUCCUCUGGGACGCUGGGACUUUGAGACUCAAGAGGAGUACAGCGACUACAUGAGCAACAAGGAGGCCCUACCCAAAGCUGCAUUCCAGUACGGUAUCAAGAUGGCGGAGGGGCGCAAGACUCGGCGCCACAAGGAGGGGAAUGAAAAGGCAGAGCUCGAUCGACAGUGGAAGAAAAUCAGUGCUAUCAUCGAGAAACGCAAAAACAUGGCUGCUGAUGGGGUUGACGUCAAGCGACCUAAAUACUGAGGAGCUCCGACAUCGACUGAGGCCCUCUAGUAGCUGCCCGGGGUGUCCGUGCCUGUCUUUGGUUUGCCUCAGCUCCUGCAGCCCCUGUGGUCCCGUCUGGAUUUGAUUGACUUGUGCUUUCAAACAGUAAUGUAGUUCAUUGCUCGUAUUGUUUAAAUGUGCAGACAUUAUUUCUUUGUCAUUUCAUAUUCUGGCUUGUAUAAACACACGAAGAUACAUACGCACACACCUGCAUACAAUCCUGUACAAUGACAGUUGUAAUUUGACUUAAAGCUUUCGUGACUGCAGGAAUUCAUACUCUUGGGUGUUUCGGUAAAGUCACGUAGAUAGAAAAAGAAAUCACGACGUUUCGAUCGCAACACGAGCAAUCGUCUUCAGGUGAAAAAAUACAGCAGGCAAACUGCUGAGGCAGGUGAAAUAUAGCGGCAGAGCUGCUGCAGCAAGAGGUUAUAUAGGUUUGAGAUGAGUGCAACCCAAAGGUAAGUGGGUGGGGCUAGAGAUGUAAUUUGCAUGCAAGUGUAAGAUCGGUGAGCCUGAUAAACCUAGAGAUUAGCAUGUCAAUGGGAGACAGCUCCCGCAGCAGUGGCUGUGUUAAUGAGAAUAUUGGCAUGUCAAGGUCAGGGAACCGGGCACAACGCCACCUCGUGGGCAACAAUAAGCUGCGGCGUUGGCCGCUGCACUGAGAGACCAGCAUGUCAACGCAAGAGAACCACCGCAACGGUGGCCGUGCCACUGAAACAUUCAGCCUAUUAAACAACGAGAGCCACCACCACAUCGAGUAAACGGGAGCAGCGGCUAUGUUAGUGAGACAUUUAGCUUGUUAAUGUAAAGACAUUUACCAAGGUAAUGUAACUCCGAGAGUCGGAAAUAACUGCUAACAUCGGCAGGUAGGAUGGAAGCAUCACAGCCAGUUAUGACUUUACCUGGUUAACAUCCAAUGAUUGCUCAGUUUGUACCCAUCUCGGUUGAAAUUGUGUUUAUAUAUCUGGAUGGCUUCAUGAACAAAUAUUUGUUGAUAGCCAGUAGGUUUGCAGAGUACCUUCGUCUUGGAGAAAUCAAUUUCACGUGUGCCCACAGCGUUAAAACAAUGAUCAGCCGAGGUAUUCUUUGUUGAUAGCCAGUAGGUUACCGUGGCUGAUCAUUGUUUCUCUAGGUUUAUCAGGCUCUCCGAUCUUACACUUACAUGCAAAUUCCAUCUCUAGCCCCGCCCACUUACCUUUGGGUUGCACCCAUCUCAAACCUAUAUAACCUCUGUCUGCAGCAGCUCUGCCACGAAAUUUCUCCUGCCUCAGAAGUUCGCUUGCUGUAUUUUUCACCUGAAGACGAUUGCUUGUGUUGCGAACGAAACGUGAUUUUUUAUAUUAUUUUUCUAUCUACGUGACUUUACCGAAAGACCCAAAAUUAUGACAGUUAUAUUGUUUGUGGAUCCACACUCGCACACAUACUUUCACACUUCACACUCACUGGUGUUUAUAAAUUCAUUGUGUAUCAGUUCACAUAAACACAUUCCGCAAAACAAAUGCAGUACACUGUUAACUGCUCAUUUUGUAAUGAGGCUAUCACCAGUCUCCCUUGCAUACAGAAAAAUGUACCAACAGACUCCAACAUAAUCAAAUAAAAACAAUAAAAAAUGUAUAACAUGA